UCUAAAAAAAUAUAUAAGUUAGCUUGAGUGAGUUUUCUAUUCAUUUCUAUUUUACAUUCAUUCUACUAACGCAAUGGCGUCUUAUUCGUUCCACCCCUACGUGCGAAAAGAGUCUGACUUAAGACAAGAGAAGACUGACCAUAAGAAAACUGAACGACCCUUAAAGAUGAUUGAACCAGUAACUUCAUCUAGCUUGGUGCAGGAGGCUCAACGACAGAGCAAUGGUCUGGAAGAAAUCCUGAAUACCGACUUGAAACCAAUUGAUCCUAAAAACUAUGUUGUGUCGCCCUAUGCUAAAAAAGCUUGGAACGAUGCAGCAUCUGGAAGUGUUGUAGAAAAUUGUGCUUCUCCGUUGACUAAAUCCAAAGCUCCAUCUCGCCCCCCACCUGGCAUACCAAUUGCUGAACAUCCUGCCUUUACGAAGGCUUUUGCUAGUGUCACUGCAUCCAAUGCUCGACAGGCACCUAGAAUGCCCUACCUCGCUGGAUUAACAGCUGCAAAUGAGUAUCAACCGGGAGGAGCCACUUGGUCCAAGGCGAGCACCUCUGCAUCUACACUCCCAGCUAAAUCUGGCUACGACUGUGAAGGGGCCAUCAACUGGACACAAGAAAUCACCUCUGGAUCCCAGGUUCAACUACCAGCCACUUCUGGGUAUGACCGUGAUUGGGCACUGGUAAAUGCGUCAGGAUUUGAUGCUACGGCCCGAGCGACAUCGGAAGGGAUGGCAUUGGGUGCGGUCUCGGAGUACGUCCCUCAGGCCCCUAUGUAUACCAAUGGAAAUCAAUCCUACACCAUCGAGCUUGUGACUGUAGCUCCAGGAAUCCAAAUACCCAAGAAAAAGUUGAUUUCUCGUUUUUUGCCCUCUCCGGGAAACGACGGUAAACCAGGGCGAGCUAUUCGGGGAAGAGGUGCUGAGCUGUACAACAUGGACCCCAAGUUCCACCCUGAUCCGGCUGCUAUUAUGGCAAUGGAACUGGCGCAGACUUAUGCUCAAAGAAGAUUGCUAAAUGACAUGGCUGCCUUUGGAGACCUAUCCAUGUAUGGUUACUUCUGAAUAUUGGCAGCAUUGAGUAUUGACCAUUUAAAACAGAAUAGCGAGCAGCCUAGGAUGAAACCCAAGAUAAUUUAUUGAAAACCAAACCCUCCAGUGUCUCCUUACCCUCUGAAAACCGCCUUCCAAUUAUGUAGAACUUUAACAUUACUUCUAAGGCUGGUCUACCUUAUUCUUUUUAAUAGUAUACUGUGGGAAUGUUUUGAAGAGAACAUGUCUUAUCCUAUGAGUCAGUC